AUGCAAGGCGAGGCACUUCGUUUUGCCCAGAUCUUCUUGAUCGUUUGCCCGUCAUUCAUUCUUUUCGGUUACAAUCAAUCCGGUGUCGGGGGUUUGACAGACUUCCCUUCGUGGGUGAGGCAGUUCCCUGAGAUUGACACUGUCAAUACCACAGGCGCUCAGAAAUCCCACAAUGCUACAGUGCAAGGCGCUGUGGUUGCUUCUUACACCCUUGGCGCUCUCUUUGGGUCCCUGAUCUGUACGUGGAUUGGCGACAUCCUCGGUCGGCGUCGGACUAUCUUUGCUGGAGCGUGUAUUGCCCUGAUAGGCCAGGCAUUAGAAUGCUCAGCUUAUGCUCUCGCCCAGUUCACAGUCGGCCGGGUAAUUCUCGGUUGGGGUGUGGGUAUGCUGAGCGCUACGGUGCCGGUCUGGCAGUCAGAGUGCUCACCAGCCGAUAAGAGAGGGAGAAAUGUAGUGUUGACGGGCAUGUUUAUCGCCUUCGGGUUUGCCCUGACACAAUGGAUCAACUUUGGUUUCUAUCACAUGCAGGAAAGUUCCGCGUCAUGGCGGGGGUCGCUAGCAAUCCCAGCACUGUUCUCUUUGACUGUCAUGGGUAGCAUCUUCUUCCUGCCAGAAUCUCCUCGCUGGCUUGUUCUCAAAAAUAGAUCAGAUGCUGCGCAGCAAACCCUUGCCAAUUUGAGGCAGAAGGAUCUGGUGUCACCCGAGAUUAUGCACGAAUUGCGUGGAAUUGAAGUCUCCCUGGAGGAAUCAUCAAGUGGUAACAUGGGACUCAAAGACAUCUUUACAAUGGGGGAGGAGAAGCUGUUUUACAGAUUCCUUCUCUGUAUUCUCCUACAAUUCUUCCAGCAAAUGACCGGCGGUACUCUAAUUUCAGUCUACAUCCCCAUCAUCUUCGAGGAUAAUUUACACUUAGGCUCCAGUUUGUCCAAGGUUCUUGCCGCAUGCGCUUUGACAUGGAAAUUCCUCUGUUGCUUUGUCGGCUUCUAUGUCGUGGACCGACUCGGACGCCGGGCUGCCUUUAUGAUCAGUGGUGGUGGCAUGUCCAUGUGCAUGCUGGCGCUGACCGUGUCCAACUCAUUCUCAAACAACCAUACUGCGUCUAUUAUCUCGGCUCUGUUUAUCUUCGUGUACAAUUUCUUCCUUCCGGUGGGAUUCUUGGGGGCGAACUUCGUUUACCCGGCUGAGGUUGCCCCGGUUCGUCUGCGAGUCGCCAUGCAUUCGUUUUCAAUAGCGAAUCAGUGGCUAUGGAUGUUUGUCGUUGCGAUGAUUACUCCUACCGCGAUCGCCGACAUUGGCUACCGCUACUACAUCGUAUUCACCGUCGUUGGCGGUCUCAUCCCACCUGUAGUUUAUCUCUUCUACCCGGAGACCAUGAAUCGAUCCCUUGAAGAAGUUAAUCAGAUCUUCCACGAUGCGCCAUCUAUUAUGUCCGCCGUCAAGAUGUCCAGAACCCUUCCUAUUGGUGAUAGCAUCAUGGAGGAGAUUGAAGGAAAGAAAAUGGCUGAAGAGAUUGAAUGA